CUAAAUUAUUAAUUAACUAAUAAAAACCAACUAAAUCAAUUUAAAAACCUCGAUCCUCGUGCGACCUCUCUCUCUCUCUCUCUCUCUCUCUCUCUACUCUCUCAUACUCGCCCCUUCUUCUUCUUCUUCUUCUUCUUCCCCACUCUAUCUCUCCCUCGACUCCUCUAUAUUAUGUGUGUCCCUCCUCCUCCAUCUCCUUCACCUCUCGUCAAUUAAGUUUCACCUUGUUGUUGUGUUGUGUCCCAUUAAUAUUAUAUUAUAUAUAUAACCUUGUGUAACAAGCUAGCUAGCUAGCUAGCUAGUUGAGCACGCCAUGGACAUGGACAUGGACGCCUCCGCCCAUCAUCAAUGGCUCGCCUUCUCCCUCGCCCACCAACCAUGCGUCAGCCUCUUCGAUAACAGCGCCUUCUCCUCCUCCCCUAAUCCCCACCACCACCACCACCACCACCACCACCACCACAGUGGUGGAGUGGAGAUGGAGGAGGCGGAGGCGGAGGCGGAGGAGGAGGAGGAGAGGGGGGCGGCGGCGGAGCUGAUGGCGAUGGCCGGAGUAGCGGGCCCGGAGCUGAAGAGCAUCACCGCCGGGCUGUGCCGGAGCGCCGCGGCGGAGAAGGCAACGGCGCCGCCCCCCCCUCCGGACUCCCGGGGCGCCGCCGCGGGCUCCUUCGGCCAACGGACCUCUAUAUAUCGCGGGGUCACCAGGCACCGGUGGACGGGGCGUUACGAGGCGCACUUGUGGGACAACAGCUGCCGCCGCGAGGGCCAGAGCCGGAAAGGUCGCCAAGUCUAUUUGGGUGGAUACGACAAGGAGGAGAAAGCAGCGAGGGCGUACGAUCUAGCGGCCCUCAAGUACUGGGGUCCGACAACCACCACGAAUUUCCCGGUCUCCGACUACGAGAAACAGCUGGAAGAGAUGAAGAACAUGACGCGGCAGGAGUUCGUGGCCUCUCUCAGAAGGAAGAGUAGUGGGUUCUCGAGAGGGGCCUCUAUCUAUAGAGGAGUUACCAGACACCACCAACAUGGCAGAUGGCAGGCGAGGAUAGGAAGGGUGGCAGGGAACAAAGACCUCUAUCUUGGAACAUUCAGUACUCAAGAAGAGGCGGCAGAGGCGUACGACAUCGCAGCGAUCAAGUUCCGCGGUCUGAAUGCUGUGACCAACUUCGACAUCAGCCGAUACGACGUCAAAAGCAUCAUCAGCGGCAGUCUUCCCAUAGGUGGGAUGUCCGGCCGGACAUCCAAGGCCUCCGAGUCGUCCUCGUCGUCGGACACAAUCAGUCUCCAAGCAAAGCAGCAGAUGGAGCUUCUUCCCAUUAAUCAAGACCAGGACUACUGGUCUUUGCUAGCCCUCCACCACCACCAACAACAGCAAAGUGACAACCAGGCGCUAGGGCUAGGGUUUGGGGGGUUCUCUUCUGGCUCUGGGGUUACUGUGGACUUCUCCAAUGCUUCUAAUGGCGCAACAAUGGGGCAGUGCAGCAGUUUGUGGAAUGUUAGCAAUGUGACAGCGGGCCAACAGCAUGAUCAGGAGCAAUCACAGAGUAGCAGUUGCUCUUCUAUACCAUUCGCCGCUCCUCUCGGCUUUGGAUCAGUAGGGUGCUACGAGGGUUCUAAUUAUGGAUCAGCUGGUACUUGGGUUGCUACGCCAACUCCUGGUGCUUCCUCUUACUAUGCCCAGGGUGCUAAGCCAAAUGUAGCAUUUCUUCAGACACCAAUCUUUGGGAUGGAAUGAUAAUUAUGUGAGUGGUAUCUAGCUCACAUCUCCCUGAGUAUAUAUGGUGUUUAUGGUACCCAAAAAUUAAAAUUAAAGAUCCCCGUCGUUUUCUCUGCAGAUCAAGUUAGUUAAUUAGCCUUUUAAUAACAUGUAUGUGCAGGUACCUGAAUUAAUUAUACUCGGGUGUAGAAAUUUGUGGUGCUAAUAUAUAUUGCUGACAUAUACAAAUUC